AUGCGUUUCGUGACUGAGCCAUUUGUCAUCGUUGUUGGAGGCUCAGACAUUGACAUUUCUGAGAGUGAGAUGGUGACUCGGGAUUCACCCCCAGAGCUCGUGCAGUCUCAACGCCAUCGAGCCGCUGUUAAAUUGACCGUCCAGAAGGCCCAAAGACCGUCCGCCUUGUCCGCCGAUAGUAUCAAAUCGCCCCUCUGUGAAGGACUCAGUCGAGUGACGUUGAAACCGCACUCGCCAGAUAUCAAAUUCUGGCAAGUUCUCCUACGAUUGCACAUAAGUGCUACUUCACCCGACCCUGAAGAUAGAGCAAUGGAACUUUUACUGAGAAUUAGAUUAGGAGAAAUUGAUCAUGCUCAGAUUAGUUGA